GGAUCAGGCAAGAGCGAAGCAACGUGUUUCGUCAUCGACGGUCUGGUUGAAUCGUACACAGUUGGAGGCCGAUCGAGUCAAGUCGAAUACGAGUGGAACGCCACGGAAAUAGUACACAGACUGCGUCGAUGAUCGUUUGUCGUGCUAUUACGCAAGCGGUCGUUCUCGGUCUGGGCUUGGUUCAGGUGUAUGCGGGGAUUCCUCGUGGCGCCGUUCGUCUGGCACACUAUUCGUCCCUCACACGCGCCAGUCGGCCAUGUUCGUGAACUAGCCGAUGACAGACACGAGAUCUGGCAUACUCGAGAAACCUCCUAUGGCAUCCGGGGAAUUCGUCGAGCAUGCAAGAGCAUUGAGACCUGAAGGUAUUGAUAGGCUCCUUCCUAUAAAAGAGGAGAACGCGCGCUUAAGUCGUUCAAUCGUAGAAGAUACAAUAUAGGUUCCUUCAAGAAAAUAAAUAUGUCGAAUAUAAAAAUCAUUGCGAUAUUAAUCGCAAUUUUUUGUUUGACAAAUCAUUUAGUUUUAAGCGAUUAUUGUUACACUGAUGAUACAGAUCCCUUUAUGCAUUUCGGUCCAUACACACGUAAUCAUAUUGUUCGUGGUGCAAUAACUAAUCCUCAUUUGCCAAAUUGUAAACUUCGCCAGAUUUGGAUGUUAGCUAGACAUUCAAUUAGUAGUGAUAACAAUUAUUGGUCGCCUCACGUACAUGAACUCUUGCAAAAAUAUCAUAAUAAUAUCUCUGAGAGCUAUGACCUAGGCGGAGUUCAUUUAUGUCCAAAGGACAUUGAAAAGCUGAGAGAGUGGAAAAAAUAUGAAUUUCUAGAUGAUGAUAAUCUUAAACUAUUGAUAAAACAAGAUAAACAAGAUAUGUUUUCUCUUGGUAUACGAUUUAAAAAUUAUUUCCCGAAUUUUUUUGAAUAUGACUCAGUUAAUUCUUUAAAACAUGAAUAUCUUUUUAGAGGAAUCGAACAAUUGGGAACAAAAGAUAGUAUAAAUAGCUUCAUAAAUGGUUUAUUUGGUAAUGUAACUUUUGAUAUAAAAAUAAAGAAGAAAGAUAAUUUAUUGCAAUUUCAUAAUAUUUAUCAACCAUUUUUGAAACAUAAGAGUGCAUCACAAAUGAAAGAAUUUCAUAAAUAUAUACAAUCUGCAGAAUGGGAUGAAAUGCUUCGUAGUAUUAGUGAUCGACUCGGUUAUUCGUCACCACUUCCUUUUACUACUAUCAAAUCUUUUUAUCGUACUUGCACCUUUGAGACUAUUUAUUACGGGUCAUCUCCCUGGUGCGCCAUUUUUAGAAAGGAGGAUCUGGAAAAGAUUCAAUUCAGUGAAGAUUUGAUGUCUUAUUAUAAUUCAGGUUAUGGUCAAAACAUGAGACAAAUUGUUGGAUGUCCAAUGAUAAAGGACGUGUACAAUCAUUUUCGAAAUUUUGAGGAUGGAUACGGUGUAGACGAACCGAAAGGUAUUUUUUAUUUUGCUGAUAUUACCGCAAUUCAACUUUUGUUAUCCACAAUUGGAGCUGCAAAAGAUCCAGAACCUUUGUUAGCUAAAAAUUUUAUCCAAGCAAGAAACAGAAAAUGGUAUCAGGCUCACUUAACGCCGCUCUCUGCGAAUUUAGUGAUUAUGUUGUUUAAAUGUAGUAAAGAUUACAAGGUGAACUUAUACUUAAAUGAAAAACCGUUAGAUAUCGAUUGUUGCGAACACGGCAUAUGCGAUUGGAAUUUUCUGAGGAACAAACUAGAAGAAACUGUGUUCAACUGUAAAGCGGACAUAUGUCAUGAUUAAUGUACAUGUUAAAUCCUGUUUUAAAGAUAUAGUAUUUAAUAAUCUAGUAAAAGAUAAGAAUAAAGAUAAGAUCAUAGUGAGGAUGAUAGUAUAUUUUUGUUAAAAAUUGCGUAGAAGAAAUGACAAUAUGACAACUUGAACGUGUAUGUUGAAAUCAAUAAAGCUGAUAUGAUGAA